UCCUCUCAGUGACAGAUAAUGAAAGAAUUGUGCAAGAUGCCGCCUUAAUGAUACAACUUGAGUUUUGAGUUGUAAUCUGUUAGAUUUUAAAAUUUUGCAGUAACCCUAGAAUUCCUCUAUUAGUAAAUUUGUAAGAAUGAAGAUAGAAGUCAAGACAAAGAAGAAACCUUCUGUACCUUCAGUAAAGACAAUGGGAGUCAAGAAGAAAGCCAAAACACCUGCUGUAGUUGCAGUGAAGGGGAAGAAGGCAGCCAUUGCAAAGGAGGGAAAGAAGGCCAUUGUAUCUUCUACAAAGGAAGAGGCGGGCAAGAAGGAGACGGCCAAGGUGACUCCAAUUGCUAAGAAAGAAGCUGUCAUAGAGAAGGUGGAUGUCAAGCCCAAAAAGGCUAAGAAGGGAAAGAAAGUAAAGAAGGCAGCAGAUGCAGCAGAUGCAGCAAAAGCAGGUCCCAAGGAAAAGCAGAUGGAGGAUGAUAAAGACCGUGGAACUGAGGGAAAAAAGAGGAAAAGGAGAAAGAGUCGCAAGCCAAAGAUUAGGAAGCCCAAAGUCUCCGUAGAGGUCCAAGAGAAGGCAGAGGAGGGGGAGAACCCUACAUCUACAGGGAAGCAGAAACGCGAGAUUGAGGGCAAUGAUAGUGGGAGCCCUGCUAAGAAGCAAAAGGUGGCAGAGGAGAAGGAACCAGAGCCUGAAGAAAUGGAGAUGAAUUUGACAGGAGAUCUCUACAAAAUUUUCUGCAAGCGAAGGGAUGAUUUGAAGGAUCGAGUCCUGUAUGCCAAGUUGGAGAAAUUUAAUCUUGGUUACUAUGCUAAGCCCCCUGCACUGUUUGAUAGUGCACAGCAUGUUAGAAUUUGCACAGAGAAAGGUUUGUUCUAUUUGGAAUAUAAGACAAAAAAGGAGGCCGAGAAGCAAAAAGUACUCUUAGAACACAACAGUUUGAUCAAGUCUGUAAAUUCCAUGAAUAAGAAAAGUGAUGACAGCGAGACAGACAGUGUCAUAACUGUGCACCCAAGGAAGUUAUUCAUUGUAAAUGUGCCGCCACGUAUAACACGUGACAUGUUGGUGGCUAGUUUCCCAACAGCUCAGCAUGUUCACAAUAUGCCCAAGACACGUUGUGCAUGUCUAAUUUACAAGACAGAAGAGGAAGCAGAAGAUGCUUUUGUUGCAUCCGAUAAUGUCAUGGUUAAAGGUGUAAAGUUGACAGUUCUCUAUCUGUCAACCCGAAAGGCUGAAGAGCUGGGAAGGACUAAGGAUAAAUCUAAGGAUAAGAGGAAUAAGAAGAAGAAGGCAUGGAAGAAAUCUAUGAUGGCAAGGAAGAAGCAGAUGGAAUCAGAAUGAAAGUUCCGAGAAGAACGAGUAAUUAGGAAACUGUUGUUUUUUCCUCUUUCCUUUCCUUGUUGAUGUAUGGUGCAGAAGUAUAAUGUAAUGUUUUCCAAAAUAAAAUAUAAAAAGAGAA